AUGACAAAGAGACAUGGCCAUAAUGAUACCGAUGAUGCUGAAAGCAGUCAGCAGAUGAACACUCGGAUCAAAGAAAACACAAAAGAAUUAGAAGAAGUAAGGAACAUGGUGACUGGAUUAUCCUUACAGUUGACUCAAAUAGUCAAUAACCAAAGCCAUGGCAGAGAUUACCAAAGACAGGGUCCGCAACAUGAAGAAGAAGGAUUCAAUUUUGCAGCAAGAUUGACCAAAAUUGAAUUUCCUCGGUUUAAAGCUGAUGAUUUAACUUCAUGGUUGUUUAAGGUGGAACAAUUCUUUCAGUUGGAUAGAGUGUCUGAUGCAACAAAGGUCAGACUGGCAGCCAUUCAUUUUGAGGAAAAAGCAUUACAAUGGUAUCAAUCUUUUACUGGACAAAGAAUUGAAGGAGAAGUUUUGACUUGGGUGGAAUUGAUAGAAGCUUUGAAGGUCAGAUUUGGAAAGCUGUUUGAUGACCCUAUGACUGAUCUUAAGAACUUGAAACAAAUCAGUUCUGUUCAAGAGUAUCAUGACAAGUUUGAUGCAAUUAUUAGUAGGCUUCAAUUGCCAAUGGAGUAUGCUUUAAUUUGCUUCAUGGCAGGAUUAGAAGAGGAGAUACAAUUGCAGGUAAGAAUAUUCAAUCCUAAGAAUAUUCAAGAAGCCUUUUGUGUGGCUAAACUACAAGAAGCCACUAUUAAAGCUAAGAAGGGAAGGGUUGGUUUCAAACCACCCAUCUUACCUAACCCAAGUAACAAUAAACAACCAGUUCCAUUUAGUAAGUCAGUGGGUUUGGAUCCUAAAAGGAAUGUGUUUAGGAAGACCUUAACUAAAAGUGAAAUGGAUGAAAGAAGGUCUAAGGGCUCAUGUUUCAAUUGUGAUGAGAAGUAUUCACAAGAACAUAUAUGCAGGGGUAAUAAGAAACCUCAGCUGUAUCACAUAGAGGUUGAAUGGCUAGAAGAAGAGGAUGGAGAUGAAGAGAAUGAAGUUGAGAUGGAGUGUGCUCAAAUCUCAGUAAAUGCAGUGGAAGGAAAUGAUAGGUAUAAAUCUAUUAGGGUCACUGGUCAUUUUGGGAAAUAUGAAUUGCAAUUGUUAAUGGAUACGGGGAGCUCACAUAAUUUUUUGGAUAUGGCAUUAGCCAAACAGUUGGGGUGUAGGAUGGUUAAAGGUCUGGCUAUGUUAGUCAAAAUAGCAAAUGGUCAUGAAGAAGUUUGUGAUCAGAUGGUAAAAGGGUUCUGCUGGAUUAUGCAAGGAAUUCAAUUCACAGCUGAUGUGUAUGUAAUGCCUUUGGGAGAUUGUGAUAUGGUUUUAGGGGUACAAUGGUUUACAAAGCUGGGAAGUAUUAAAAUGAAUUAUAAUGACAGAACUAUUGCUUUCAAGUUUAAUGGUCAGAAGGUAGUUUUGAGAGGGCAGUAUGGAAAGAAGUUUUCUCAACUUAAUAAGGGGAGUUUGAAGAAAAUGGAACUGCAGAGGGCUGAAUUGUCUAUGGUACAGGUAUAUGCUAUUGAAGGGUGCAAUACAAGUACUUCAAUGGUACUACAGAAAACUCAGCAGUCUAAGGAGCAACAGCACCAGUUACAAAGGCUAUUGGAGGAUUUCAGGGAUGUCUUCCAAGAUUUAAAGUCUCUACCACCAUCUAGGGGCAAGUAUGAUCACAGAAUUCCAUUGAAACAAGGAACUGAUGGGGUGAAUUUUAGGCCUUAUAGAUAUCCUGUGGUGCAAAAGGAUGUGAUAGAAAAAAUGACUAAUGAUUUGUUAGAACAAGGGGUAAUUCGGUCCAGUACCAGUUCUUUUGCUUCACCAGUGGUUCUAGUCAAGAAAAAAGAUGGUACAUGGAGGAUGUGUAUAGAUUAUAGGAAACUGAAUCAGGCUACAAUUCCUGACAGGUUUCCUAUUCCAUUGGUGGAAGAUUUGAUGGAUGAAUUAUAUGGUACAAAAUUUUUCUCUAAAUUGGAUCUCAAGUUUGGGUACCAUCAGAUCAGAAUGGAUGAUGCAGACAUCCAUAAAACAACAUUUAAAACUCAUAAUGGUCAUUUUGAGUUUUUGGUCAUGCCUUUUGGGCUGACUAAUGCACCAUCUACCUUUCAAGGUUUAAUGAACCAGGUUUUUAAACAAUAUUUGAGGAAAUAUGUACUGGUUUUCUUUGAUGAUAUAUUAGUAUAUAGUCCUUGUUGGGAUACUUAUUUAUCUCAUUUGAAAGAUGUCCUAUCUGUAUUAUGGCAACAUCAGUUGGUUGCUAAGAAAAGCAAGUGUGAAUUUGGAGCUACUCAAUUGGAGUAUUUGGGGCAUAUAAUAUCUCAACAGGGAGUUGCAACUGAUCCAUCAAAGGUUUCUGCAAUUCAACAGUGGCCGGUACCAACUAAUAUUAAGGAGUUGAGGGGAUUUUUGGGCCUCACUGGAUAUUAUAGACGAUUUGUGAAAGGGUAUGGAAGCAUCACCAAACCCUUAACUCAGUUGCUUAAGAAAGACUCUUUUCAGUGGUCGUCAGCAGCUCAACAAGCUUUUGAACAUUUGAAGAGGAGUAUGUGUCAACCCCCAGUAUUAGCUCUGCCAAACUUUCAAGAAACCUUUGUGGUAGAAACAGAUGCAUCUGGUUUUGGAAUAGGUGUUGUUUUAAUGCAAAAAGGUCACCCUAUUGCUUAUAUCAGUAAGGCCUUAUCUCCAAGACAUAUGUCCUUGUCCACUUACGAGAGAGAAUUAUUGGCUAUCAUUUAUGUUGUCCAAAAAUGGCAACCAUAUUUGGCUCAUGCUCACUUUGUGAUCAAGACAGAUCAACAUAGUCUGAAAUAUUUGUUGGAUAGUAAGAUUUCCACGCCUUUCCAGCAAAGGUGGUUAUCUAAAUUGAUGGGAUUCAACUUUGAAAUUAUGUACAAAAAAGGUGUCGAUAAUAAAGUGGCUGAUGCAUUAUCAAGAGUGAAUCAUGGGGAAAUAUUACAAUUAGCAGCCUCAUCUGUUCAUACAGACAUAUGGGCAGCCAUUAAAGAGGAGUGGUCUAAUGAUGUGGAGUUGUUAAAAAUCAUUCAAGAUAUUCAACAGAAUCCUAUGUCUCACUGUUAUUAUAGUUGGUCCAAUGGAGAAUUAAGAAGGAAGAGCAAGUUGGUCAUUGGUAGUUCUACAACCUAA